CUUCGCCGUCACCGGCUACCUCUCGCACGCCCUCUACCACCUCCUCGACUCCGCGCCCUGGAUCGCCCUCCAAGCCCGUCUCGGCCUCCUGGCCCGCCUGCGCGCCUCUCCCAACAAGACCGCGGCCACCUCCAAGCCCGCCGCCGCGGCCCCCGCCUCCCGCCUCCUCGCCCUCUCCGCCCUCAUGACCGAAACCCGCUACACCCUCCGUCUGCUCGGCCUCGUCCCGCUCUGGACCUGGGGCUCAGGCGAGCUCAAGUCACCGCACCCCGACCGCGCCAUCCACAUCCUCACCCUGCUGCAGGUCGUCUCCAACGUGCUGUACCAGGCGCUCGAGAACGCGGGCUUCCUCGCCGCCAAGGGCAUCAUCUCGAAGAAGUUCCUCGACCGCUGGGGCGGCAUCGAUAAGUGGUAUCUGUGGAGUACCCGGGCCUGGUUCGGCCAUAUCUUCUUGCAGUUUUUCGUCCUGUGGCGGCUACGGGUGCUGCGUGCGGCACGGAGAGCGGCUGCUGCUGCUGCUGGGGGUGAGAAGAAGGCGGUUGACGCGGAGAGUGAGGCGGCUGAGACGCGCGCGUGGACGAAGAGUCUGGUGAACAAUGUUUGCUGGACGCCGCUGUGUCUGCACUGGUGUGCUGAGGAGGGGCUGGGUUUCCCCGCCAGUCUGACGGGGGUGGUUAGCUUUAUGGCGGGUGCGUGGGGGGUGUUUGAUCUGUGGAAGGCGACUGCUUAGUCGGGCGGGAGGGGGUUUGAUUGAUUUGUAUAUAUUGUAUAUUUGAUAUCCUUGUUUUCUGUUUGUUUGUGGGAUAGAUGAGGUAUAC